AUUUCCUGUAUUACGAUUUUAGACCAUGAGAGCAAUGGCGGCCCCCAUAUGAACGACUGGAUUGGUGUUUAGUAACGUUAAUCCUUUCAUGUAUAGAUACAUAAAAGUUGUGGACCGACCACCCAAAAUAUUGUGGAAGCCAUUUAGAUACGAGUGUGUCCGUGUUCAUUCCCACCUUGCUGCGAAAAUAACUGGUUGCAGCCCUCUCUCUCUCAUGUUGGCAUGGAAACUGCCCCCGAGGCUUCGACACAACUUCCUGUCCCUUCCGCUCGCCCGGCCAGCAAGUGGCGUUGCCAGGCGGCAGUAUGAUGUCAUCGUGGUUGGAGGGGGGCAUGCGGGGACGGAGGCGGCCGCAGGUGCUGCCAGGGUGGGGGCAGAGACCCUCCUCAUCACACAGAAGAUGCACACCAUCGGGGCGCUGUCCUGUAACCCCUCCCUGGGGGGCGUGGGGAAGGGCCAGCUGGUGAGGGAGGUGGAUGCCCUGGACGGGCUGUGUGGCCGGGCGGGGGACUGGGCGGGGGUCCACUUCUCCAUCCUAAACCGCAGCAAAGGCCCGGCCGUGUGGGGGCCUCGUGCCCAGCUGGACCGCCAGCGCUACCGCCACUUCAUCCAGGCAGAGCUGCUGUCCACCCCCAGGCUGACGGUGGUUGAGGGCUCUGUGGAGGAGCUGCUGGUGUCGGACUCCCUCCCAGAUGAACCAGGGCAACACAGAGUCACUGGGAUCACUCUGGUGGGGGCAAGCCAUCCCCUCCUGGCCAGCUCAGUGGUACUGACCACAGGCACCUUCCUGUCUGGCUUCCUCUUUAUGGGCCAAACCAACUCUCCUGGGGGGAGGAUGGGGGACGCCCCCUCCAGCGCUGGGCUGUCCAACACCCUGAGAGAGAGGCUGGGGCUGCAGGUGGGCCGGCUGAGGACUGGAACCCCCCCGCGCAUCCUGAAGGCCUCGGUAGACCUGUCCCUGGCUCAGCUCUCAGAACCAGACAAACACCCCACACCAUUCAGCUUUAUCAACACACACGUGCACUGCAAGCCGGAGGAGCAGCUGCCAUGUCAUCUCACCCAGACCACAGCUGGGGUAGAGAGGGUGGUGAGAGACAGUCUGCACCUCAACUGUCACAUCCAGCAGGACACCAAGGGACCCAGGUACUGCCCGUCCAUCGAGUCGCGAGUGCUGCGGUUUCCGGGGCGACAGCACCAGGUGUGGCUGGAGCCGGAGGGUUUGACCUCCGACCUCCUGUACCCCCAGGGCCUGUCCAUGACCAUGCCCCCUGACCUGCAGCUCCGCCUCCUCAGGGAGAUCCCUCCUCUGCACCGGGCAGAGAUACACACUCCUGGUUACGGGGUGCAGUAUGACUAUGUGUGUCCCACCCAGCUGGCCCCCUCCCUGCAGGUGAAGAGCACGCAGGGCCUCUUCCUCGCUGGCCAGAUCAACGGCACCACCGGGUACGAAGAGGCAGCAGCUCAGGGCCUGUGGGCGGGGGUGAACGCUGGCCGGGCCGCCCUCUCCCUGCCCCCCCUGGCGCUGUCCAGGACCCAGAGCUACAUCGGCGUUCUGGUGGACGACCUGGUGGGUCGCGGAGUGACAGAACCCUACCGCAUGUUCACCAGCCGGGCUGAGUUCAGGACGUCCCUCAGACCCGACAACGCCGACCUGCGCCUCACCCCCAGAGGAUUUGAGGAGAUGGGCUGCGUGUCGCCCGGGCGGCACCAGGAAGUGCUGAGGGUGAGCGAGGCGCUCCAGGGAGGCCUGGACGCCCUGCUCUCGCUCCGUCUGCCGGCCAGUCGCUGGAGGGACAAGCUGGGCCUCGUGGGAGUGAGUGAGACCAAGAGCUCCACCCUGAGUGGUGUGGAUCUGUUACAGUAUAAAGACGUGUCCUUCCAAAUGCUGGCCUCCGCCUUCCCAGAAUGCCUUUCGCCUUACCUGGAAUUCGCACAGAGACUCAAGAUUGAAGCGGUGUACAGGCCCCACUGUGAGAAGCAGAGGAGGGAGAUGGAGAGGAUCCAGAGGGAGGACGGUCUCUCGCUGCCCCAGGACCUGGACUACCUGAGCCUGCCUACGGGCCUCUCUCAGGAGGUCCGCGAGGUCCUGGACCGUGCUCGGCCCAGCACGCUGGGUGCAGCCAGCCGUUUGCCCGGCAUGACCCCGGCAGGUGUGGUGAACCUACUGAACUACGUCCACAAGACAUCCCGGAGACACACGCCUCCCACCCACCCUCCCCAGCCCCCCCGGGGGCCCGGCCAGCAGGAAGGGGGGGCAGGGGGGCUGGGGACCCUCUCUACCUCAGUGAAAUAACCACCACAACACUGUAAUCAAGCAAAGUCUGUAUUAUAGGAACAUGUACAAAAAUAAAUUAAGGAAUUUUAUAA